GCGUUCAUUAUUAUCCUCCCCUUCGCUUUUUUUUUCAACCUGUCUUCACCAUUUGAACAGUUCCCAAUCCAAGAGCCAUGGCUAACCCACCCCAAGUUCGUCCAUGGUUCCGUUUAGCCUCCAUUCGCUCUACCCCCGCCCCCGCCCCCGCCCCGGCCUCUGCUCCUGCUCCUGCCCCUGCCCCAGCCCCAGCUCCAGAAGCACGUCAUAUUCUGCCCCUACCCGCAUUUAGAACUGCUUCAGCACCAUCCUCACCACAGACUCGACCAACUCAACCUCCUCAAGAAAAGAAUGGCACUUCAACUUCACCUUCAUCUCAACCUCACAAAGUGUCCACUUCACUACCAACUUCUCCAAUUCAAAAGUCAGCAGUUACAUCUUCCCCUACUCGCAAACCACCACCAACUACUGCUACUGCUUCCUCCCCGGAGAAAAGUUCCCACGCGCCAAGUCCCACCCAUUCUCCAAAAACAAUCAAACAAGCCGAUCGAAGCCCAAUGCACUCGCCCAACAAGAAGCCCACCGCUCCUCCACCCUCUCCCCUGACCCUUCCACCUUCCCAGUUCAAGGCCGAGCCCAAUAUACCUGAACAGGCCGAGCCCAAAACCGUGCUAGUUCAGAAGACCGUCGAAAUGCCCAAGCCCUGGCACAACGGCGCUGGCGAAUUGCAUAAGAAUCACGAUAAUGCUCAUCAUGAAAAACGCGUCAUUGGGAAGGAGAAAGGUGUUCACAGAAAGGUUUCGGAUUCUGAGGAAUCUGGCAUGAGAGUUAUAACGAUUGCAGGGGAAAACAGAGGAGCUUACAUGGAACUAACCCAAUCCCCAAAGAAACACGAACCCAAGCAUCUUCACAAGAAAGGAAACCCGAACACCAAUGUCGAUGGCGGUGAAUCAGAGAGUUCCAACGUGGAGGAAGGGAAUGUAAAAAAGAAGGAUAUUAAGAAUCAGAAAGGUAAAACACCGCCUUCGUUUCCAAUGGCUGCGUACAUGAACAGCAAUGUGCAAUGUGUAAACAACUCCCUCUUGUACAACACUUCUUGCUCCCACCAUGACCCUGGAGUGCGCCUCUCUCUUGCAAAGAAACCAUUCGGUGAAGGUUACCAUUUGAAGGAACACGAUCAAGGCCACAACACUUGAUUCCAAAAUAGUGUGUGAAUUGGAGUUAGCUGUUUUGUGUUUGUGGUAUAUAUGGCGACAAAAAUAAUUAAAAAAAAAAAAGAUUGAGUGGUCAACUUGAGGCAUGGCAUGAAUUCUAAUUCUUGUGCUUCACUUUUUCGGUGGAGCCAAGUUGAAGAUUCUCCACUGCCUUCGGUGCAAAA